UAUUUAAUUUGAUAAAUUUUUUCUUAAGAAAUUUUAGAAUAAGAGUAAAACCUAAAAGCACCCUGGAUAAUUUACCGUACACAGUGCUCCCCUUGUCUUGUGUUACUCCGCCAAAAUCCUUCCUGCCGCAAAAAUGUCGACGACGACCACCGUCGCACAGUCUCCUCCUCCGCGGCUCUCCUCGAUGCUCUAUCUCUUCAGUGCCCUAGCGGGGAUGGCACUGCUAAUGGCAAUCCUGCUCCUCCUCUUAGCCUGCUUCUAUCGCCGGCGCCGGCGCUCCGGCGGCCCCAUCGAAGACUCGGAGAAAGGGGAAAACUCUGGCGGCGUGGCUCCCCCAGUUGCUGAAUCCAGAGUCCUCGUUGUUAUGGCCGGUCAACUCAACCCCACGUUUCUCGCAACGCCCGCCGAUUUCGAUGCCGCCGCAAGCAAAGAAGACGAAGACGAAGACGAAGAAACAGCCGAAAAGAUCUUACAAGUGUGAUCGAUUAUUUUAUUUCAAGUCUCUCGAUUGAAGUAAUUGGACUGUGUGAUCUUCGUAUCGAUGAUCGAUCACUUUGUGAUUGUAUAUUCUAUGAUGA